AUGACUCAAACCAAGUACGUCGAGAACAACUACGUUACCACCGACAGAGGCGGCAUCGUUGAGAACGUCCAUCGCGUCCAUGUCGCAGUCACAGGCUCUCACGGCAACAUCCUCUACUCUGUUGGCAACCCCGCAAGGGUCACUCUGGCCCGAUCGGCCAUCAAGCCUGCACAAGCUCUCGCCGUCAUCGAGACGGGCGGUUUCCAAGAUGCAGGCUUCGACGACAUCGACCUUGCCCUCAUAUGCGCGUCGCAUAAUGGGGAACCAAGACAUGUCGAACGUGCUAGAAGCAUGUUGGUCAAGACCAAGGCGCAAGAAAGCGACUACCGCUGCGGUGGACAUGCUUCGCUAAACCCUGCUGUCAAUCGAGACUGGGCACAAAAGGGAUUAGAUGUCACGGGAGGGGUUUACAAUAAUUGCUCUGGUAAACACGCUGGUAUGAUGGCUGGCGCUCUCGCUCUGGGUGCCAGUAUAGCAGAUUACCAGCUUCCAGAUCAUCCGAUGCAAGUUCAGGUAAAAAAGGUCGUUGAGGAGCUUUGCCCCGAGCCCAGUCUUGUCCAAUGGGCCACCGAUGGCUGUAAUCUUCCUGCUCCUGCAUUUCCCCUCUUCUACUUGGCACAUACCUACGCUAUCUUCGCCGCUGGUGAAGAUUCUGCAGAGCAAGAGGGUUCGACUUCCCCACGUACGAGAAAUCUUGCUCGGAUCUUCCGUAUGAUGUCUGAAUAUCCGGAAUUCGUGGCGGGAGAAGGACGUUUCUGUACCGACUUAAUGCAGGUAUACAAGGGGCAGUUGAUCGGUAAAGUUCUGUCUCUUUUGACUUCAGGCUACGAUCAGCUGCCUGAUAGUUCCCUCUUUGGUAAAUAG